UUUACAUUGUGUGAAAUGUGGGAGAUCAUAUUAUUUUUAGGAUUGGUUGUUCAUCAAGGAAGUGUAGCGGUGAAAGUGCUGAUAUCGGCUGACAGAUCUAUAAUAGUUGUCGAUACGAAGACUGAGAAAGUAUGUGUGCUGAUAAAUACCACCAGCCCCGUGUACAGCCUGGACCUGCAUUACGCCAAAGGCCUCCUGUACUACGUAGAAGACGGAUCAAUCCGACGAAGCCUCAUACCUUCUGCGAAAGAGGGGGUCAAAACAUUAAUAACAGGUUCACCUGGACAUUUGGUAAAUAGCGUCGCAGUGGACGGGCUACACGAUUCUAUUUACUGGAUUAUGGGGCUAAAAGUUUUCGUGGCUAGUCUGGAAGGGCAAAAUGCUAAACCUAUCAUCAAUGCAGAAAACUUGUUUUUUAUAUAGAAAUGUAACUUAUCUGCACAAAAUUCUAGUGGAUCCACUCAACAAGACCAUAGUCAUGCAGAUAGAACUGACAAAAAAAUUAACUAAAGGUCAAAUCAUUACAAGCCCAUCCCAAGUUAAAGGCCUCCUGUGUACUAAUCUCGACGGUACAAUUACGUUGGUAAGAAUAAAUUUGAAGUUCACAUUGUCUUCUACAAUGGCAAUGGAUAUUAAUGCUAAGCGACUCUACUUUGCUGAAAUAAAGAACGAUAUUGCCUAUCUUCACUCCACUGACUACUGGGGAAACAACCAACGAACCGCCGCCAUGGAAGAUAUGAAACUGAUGCACCCAAUUCAAGUGUUCGGGAGACAGGUUUUCGCCAUUUUCCACAACACGGGAAAUAACAGCGGCACUCCUACUCUAGGCAUGAUGGACGUGGUAGCUCCAACUCACACAAUUUUGAAUUCAAGUUAUAUUUACCAUUUCCCGAUCUUGUUAAACUUUAAGCACAGUUUUGAUAUGCGGAUGUAUAACGCUGAGACCCAGGUUACAUCGUGCGAGAGGAUGGGUUGCUUGUACAAGUGCGUGGUUCUGCCUACCUCUGGAGCCACGUGCGUCUGUCCUCCCGGACAUCAGCACACUAAUGACUGCAAAUUUUGUCUUAGUAAGUACUUCAUGCCUAUUACUAUUGAUAAUCGAGACAGAUACUAUGUGCGAGAGGAUGGGUUGCUUGUACAAGUGCGUGGUUCUGCCUACCUCUGGAGCCACGUGCGUCUGUCCUCCCGGACAUCAGCACACUAAUGACUGCAAAUUUUGUCUUAGUAAGUACUUCAUGCCUAUUACUAUUGAUAAUCGUGACAGAUACUAGGUGCGAGAGGAUGGGUUGCUUGUACAAGUGCGUGGUUCUGCCUACCUCUGGAGCCACGUGCGUCUGUCCUCCCGGACAUCAGCACACUAAUGACUGCAAAUUUUGUCUUAGUAAGUACUUCAUGCCUAUUACUAUUGAUAAUCGUGACAGAUACUAGGUGCGAGAG